AUCAAAUUCUAUCUUGGGGUUUUAGAUCUUGAUGUUGCACUUUACUAUGAGAAACCAACUGUUAUCACUGAAGCUAGUAGUGAUGAAGAAAAGUCCUAUUAUAAGCAUUGGGAUAGGUCUAACAAAUUAGGCUUAAUGUUCAUGCGAAUGAAUAUUGCGGGCAACAUUAAGACUACUCUUCCCAAAACUGAAAGUGCAAAAGAACUUUUGAAACUUGUGGAAGAGUCUUUCCAAACUGCUGAUAAGUCUCUUGCUGGGACACUAAUGGGUACUUUGACCACCAUGAAGUUUGAUGGUUCACGUACUAUACAUGAGCAUGUCAUUGAAAUGACAAACAUAGCAGCAAGACUUAAGUCAUUAGGAAUAGAAGUGGAACAAUAUUUCCUUGUGCAGUUCAUCAUCAACUCAUUACCGUCUGAGUAUGGUCCUUUCCAAAUGAACUACAACACCAUGAAAGACAAAUGGAAUGUGCAUGAAUUGCAUGGUAUGUUGGUUCAACAGGAAACGAGACUGAAGAAUCAAGGAACCCACUCCAUUAACUUUGUAAAUCAUCAAGGGGAUGAAAAGAAAGGAAAGAAGCAUGUUAAGGGACAAUAG